UUGACGAGAAAAAGAAUGAGCUCGAUCAUUUUCCGCGUCUGUAAUUUUCCCGCCAAUUCAAAAAGCACAAUACGAGCGUUGGCGCCAAUACACAAAGCAUAUCACUCUCGUCGUCUGAGCGCUAGCGGCAUUCCGUCGGAAAAGGAGAGAAAAAUGGGUUCAACACCGAAGACCGCUACCAAGAAAAACAAAACCCUAUUCGAUCUCUUCCCACCUGCCACCGCUCCCUCCUCCAAACGCUUCAAAUCCGAUUCCACCGCCAGUGCCACCCACUCUUUCUCGUCCCCCACCAACAAUGACUCCUCCUCCGCCGCCUCCACAGACCUCACCGCCCAGCAGAAGUCACGCAUCGAAUUCCAAAAGCUGCUCGCCAAAGCCAGACGCAACCUCUCCAUCUGCUCCAACAGAGUCUCCCAUUCCAAGUCCAAAGGCGAAGGAGUGAAACUGGAGGAGCUGUUGGUGGAGGGGACGUGGCUGGAAGCGUUGCCGUCGGAGCUUCAGAAACCCUACGCCAAGACCCUCUCCAAGUUCGUUGAGAGUGAGCUCUGCGGCAGCGUUCCCAUAUAUCCGCCUACUCACUUGAUCUUCAACGCCCUCAACUCCACCUCUUUCGACAGGGUCAAGGCUGUCAUCCUGGGUCAGGACCCGUAUCACGGUCCGGGUCAAGCCAUGGGUCUCUCUUUCUCUGUUCCUGAGGGUGUCAAGGUCCCCUCUAGUCUGGUUAAUAUAUUCAAGGAACUGAACAAAGAUCUUGGCUGUUCAAUUCCAUCUCAUGGCAAUCUUGAAAAAUGGGCUGUUCAGGGUGUUCUCUUGCUCAAUGCUGUUCUCACUGUUAGGAAUCAUCAGGCUAACUCUCAUGCAAAGAAAGGAUGGGAGCAAUUUACUGAUGCUGUUAUCAAAACAAUUUCACAAAAGAGGGACGGAGUUGUUUUUCUUUUGUGGGGAAACUCUGCUCAGCAGAAAAUCAGGUUGAUUGAUGAGUCAAAGCAUCACAUUCUCAAAGCGGCACAUCCUUCUGGUUUGUCAGCAAACAGGGGCUUCUUUGGCUGCAGGCAUUUUUCUCGCACGAACCAGCUUCUGGAGGAGAUGGGCAUUCCUCCCAUAGACUGGCAACUUUGAUUUACAAAAGCAUCUCAGCAGCGAGCAGCACUUAAUUGUAACUUAUUUUGUAUCUAUGAAGUUCAUGCAUGACGACCUUUGGGACUUCUUCAGACGUUGAUAUAUUAGUCGAAUUGUACAGAAUAGAGAAACCUUUUGGUAGUUCUAAGUUUCUCACUCACUAUCUGAGUAGUGUUGCCCCCUACGCUAUUCAUUUUGUCCGAGAUGGUCGAUUAUUUUGUGUUCUUUUGAAUGUCUACUCUUUCGUGGUAACAGAGAAUUCCUUUCCCUUCAAUUAGGUUGUACUUGUACGAAACAAUUGGCAGUUCCUUCAUUUCUCCUA